AAUGGGGAAGAGCUAUCCGAAUGUAAGUGUGGAAUACCAGAGAGCUGUUGAUGAGGUGAAAAGGAAGCUUACUGAAUUGUAUGCUGAGAAGAAAUGUGCUCCUUUGAUGCUACGUUUUACAUUUCAUUCUGCUGGGACUUUUGAUAUAAACACCAAGACUGGAGGUCCUUUUGGUACUAUGAGGAAUAAAGUCGAGCAAGCCCAUGGUGCCAACGUCGGCCUUGACAUUGCUGUCAAUCUGUUGGAGCCUGUCAAACAACAGUUUUCAAUCAUUUCUUAUGCCGACUUUUAUCAGUUGGCUGGUAUUGUGGCUGUUGAAAGUACUGGAGGACCACCUAUCACCUUUCACCCAGGCAGACUGGACAUAGACGCUCCCCCUCCAGAUGGUCGUCUUCCUGUUCCCAGCAUGGGCCCUGACCAGUUAAGGAAUGCAUUCAUCAAGACCAUGGGUCUCAAUGACCAGGAUAUUGUUGCUCUCUCGGGUGGCCAUACCCUGGGAUCUGCUCACAAGGACCGGUCUGGGGUUGAUGGAUCAUGGACAACUAACCCCUUGGUCUUUGAUAAUAGCUACUUCAAAGAACUCCUUGCCGGCGAGAAAGCUGGGCUUAUCCAGCUACCUUCCGAUAAGGCACUCCUUGCUGAUCCUGUUUUCCGCCCUCUUGUUGAGAAAUUUGCUGCUGAUAACAAUGCUUUCUUCCAAGCCUUUGCAGAGUCCUUCAUGAAACUUAACGAGUUGGGAUUUGCUGAUGCUUAACCUUCAAGAUGGAAUCAAAGGGUGUCGCGACAUGCUACAAUUUCAUGCUUUCGUUUUAUCUUUUUUCUUUAGCUUUUUGUCAUGAGAGUCAAUAAUA